AUGGAUAACAACAUGGAGAUCGAUGCGGCGCGGUCGCCCGAACCCCACCAUCUGUCGCCCACCACCGACCCUGGGUCGAUACCGACGCUGGACGGAUGGAUCGAGAACUUGAUGAGCUGCAAGCAACUGGCGGAGGAAGAUGUACGAAGACUGUGUGACCGAGCAAGGGAAGUGUUGCAGGAGGAGUCAAACGUGCAGCCCGUUAAAUGCCCGGUCACUGUGUGCGGUGAUAUACACGGUCAAUUCCAUGACUUGAUGGAGCUUUUCCGUAUUGGCGGACCGAAUCCAGACACCAACUACCUGUUCAUGGGUGACUACGUCGAUCGGGGUUACUACUCCGUCGAAACCGUGACCCUUCUCGUCAGCCUCAAGAUCCGUUACCCCCAGCGGAUCACGAUUCUCCGAGGAAACCACGAGUCCCGCCAGAUCACGCAAGUGUACGGUUUCUACGACGAGUGCCUGCGCAAAUAUGGCAACGCCAACGUGUGGAAAUACUUCACCGACCUUUUCGACUACCUCCCCCUCACCGCACUCAUUGAGAACCAGAUCUUCUGUCUUCACGGCGGUCUGAGCCCGUCGAUCGACACGCUCGACAACAUCCGGUCGCUGGACCGAAUCCAGGAAGUUCCCCACGAGGGGCCGAUGUGUGACUUGCUGUGGAGUGAUCCCGACGACCGAUGCGGCUGGGGUAUCUCCCCCCGUGGUGCUGGAUACACAUUCGGGCAGGAUAUCUCGGAGGCAUUUAAUCACAACAACGGCUUGACUCUGGUGGCACGAGCGCAUCAACUGGUAAUGGAGGGAUACAAUUGGUCGCAGGACCGGAAUGUCGUGACUAUUUUCUCGGCUCCGAACUACUGCUACCGGUGCGGUAACCAGGCCGCCAUUAUGGAAAUUGAUGAGCAUCUGAAGUAUACGUUCCUACAGUUUGAUCCCUGCCCGCGCGCAGGAGAACCGAUGGUAUCGAGGCGCACGCCCGACUAUUUCCUUUAA